GUAUUUGAAUGUGUUUGUAAAAGUGAAAGUGAAACUUAAAAAGGUUAUAUAAAGAAGCACUGCAGCGCAGACCGAGCUGCAGACCGUCUGAGAAACUGUAAGUCACCUUUUUGGCUGGGAAAAUAAGAAAUAACAUGGGAGCCACAACAUCUGAACCAGCACCAACCCUGGAAUUGGAGAAGCCAUGGAGGAAAUUUAACUGGGGACAGAAAGAAGAGCUGAAGAAGCGUCUAGAAGAGUUCUCUGUGAGUCAUCCGAAUGUAACGUGCAUCAAGAUCCUGGUAGCUGGACAAAUCGGUGCAGGAAAGUCCAGCUUUAUUAAUUCUGUCAACAAUACAUUUCAAGGACGGAUUACAAGUUCAGCACUGGUUGACGCAUGUGGAGGCACCAGUUUUACAAAAGAACUAAAAGCACACCGAGUCAGAGGUGCAAAAGGGGAUUUACCUUUUUACUUGAGUGACAUCAUGGGUUUAGAACCUAAAACACUGGCGGGGACUCAGCCGGAGGAUGUCAUCAAAACCAUACAUGGAUAUGUGAAGGAUGAAUACAAAUUCAACCCAGAGAUGUCAAUCAGUGACAAGAAUCAAGAUUACGUCACUGACCCUUUACUCUCUGAUCAAGCUUUCUGUCUGGUUUAUGUCGUGGAUGCAAAUACAGUCCAAUACAUAGAUCACGGACUUAUUGAUAAACUGAAGACAAUCCGCCAUGCCAUCAGCAAGGACAGGAUUCCUCAAGUGCUCAUUAUGACUAAAGUGGAUGAAGCCUGUCCACUGGUGAGGGAAGACCUAAGAAAGAUCUACACCAGCAAGAAGAUCAAAGAGAAGAUGGAGAUGUGCAGCGACGCAAUUGGCGUGCCAAAGAACUUCAUCUUCCCAGUAAAGAACUACUGUGAUGAGAUUGACGUAGAUGAUGAUGUUGAUGUUCUCAUACUGAAGGCAUUUGAUCAAAUUGUAAACCUUGCUAAUGACAGACUGAGAGAUAGAGCUUCAGAGUAAAAGUAAAAUGUGUAAAUGAAGGCAUUAUCGUAACUGCAGCCAUUUUUUCUCCAUUACAUUGAGAAAAAUUGUAAAAAAUUAGGAUGUUAGGGAGGGUUACCCCAAUAAUAAGGUGAGAUGUAUAUGUCGGGUGGUUGUUUUAAAUACAUUUAGUAUGGUAAUUCAAUUGGUAAUUCAAUUCUGUUCCCCUCCCUUUUUGUUUAUCCCCAUGGACCACACCUGCCGCCCUGAAUUCCUUCUCCUCCUGCUGGAGCAGGGGGAAAGAAGCCUUGAGGACCAUAUAUAAGUAUAUAUGUAUUUAGAUAAUUCCUCUGCCUUUGUGAGAGAAUAGUUGUGACACUGGUAAACUUAACAAUUUUACAAACUAAACAUUUAAAUUGGGCAGACACUGCAGACUUAAUCUGAAUAUAAAAGUACAUUUAGAUCACUUCAAUCAUUAUUACUGGAAUCUAAAGAGAUUUUUAACCACGAAGAAUGGAGUCCCAUGCAUUGUCCGGGUGUGGUUCUGUGGAUCUUAUGGAAAAUUUUGAUCUUUACUUCUUAUCCUCUGUUGGAUUCAGCUCAGCUGAUUUGAUGGGUUAUUUUAGCAGCUUUAUUUUCUUUUCUAAAACCAAUGAAAGUUUGAUUGGCUGUGCUUGGGAUCAUUUUCUUGCUGAAAUGUCCUCCCUAGUUUCAUAUUUAUCAUCAUGUAAUGUAGUUGUUGGAACAGAAGCAGCUAAUCCCUAUUUUAACCAAAACAGCUAUUGACAGCGUGAAGCUUAAUCUUAUUCCCUUGUAAACCUCUGAGUUUCGUCAACAAAAAACAGGAACUUAUGGUUGCUCAACAAAAGGCUGACCAACACAAUCUCACGGCAAUUCGUAACUUUUUGAUUUAGUGGCUAAUUCGUCCGAAUUCGUAUGAUCUAAUUCGUACAAUUUAGUACGAUUUGCUCAUCCGCCAACGACGGUUGGGUUUAGGGGUGGGGUUAGGUGCCAGGCCUCCUUUUUAAAAUCGUACAAUUUCUUACAACUGAACUCGUACGAAUUCGUACGAAUUAGCCACUAAACUGACAAAACGUAAAAUACUUACGUUUUCUGAUGAGAUCAGGCUGGGCUCACCACAAAAGAUGAAAUUAGCAACCUGAAACUACAGAUAUUCCAACUGAACCAGCACUUGGAAGAGUCUUGAGAGAAGUAUCAUGAGAAGUUAGUACUUUAAGGCUAACUAAAAAUGUCCAUUGAUUGCUAAACUCACCCCAAAAUGGGAACUAACUUAUAUGCUUACUAAAGGAUGACCUUUGUGCCAUUUGGUCUAACUCAAAAAAUUAUGAUAAAAACAAAACUCGCACAUUAGCUGCAGUGGAACUGUAAUGAUAGCCAAAGUGUAUUAUAUUCAUUUUCUUUUCAGCUUAGUCCCUUUAUUAAUCUGGGGUCGCCACAGCAGAAUGAACCGCCUACUUAUCCAGCAUUUGUUUUACACAGCGGAUGCCCUUCCAUCUGCAACCCAUCACUAGGAAACAUCCAUACACACUCAUUCACACACAUGCACUACAGACAAAUUAGCCUACCCAAUUGACUUGUACCACAUGUUUUUGGACAUGUGGGGGAAACCGGAGCACCCGGAAGAAAAACCCACGUGAACACGAGGAGAACAUGCAAACUCCACACAGAAAUGCCAACUGACCAAGCGACCCAUUUCGCCACCGUGCAGCCAAGUACUAAGUUACAAAGUGUAUUUUCUUAGAAAUUACAUUAAAUGCGUUACAGCAUACAUCUUGUAUAAAAUCAAACUCAGAAGGCAAGAGAUUGUGCUUUAAUUUGACUUCUGUAUAUGUGAGUCUUAUCAGACCCUUAUACUCAAUGGAGAAAAGGUCUGGAUUUUUCUUUAUUUCUUGCAUUUGUUUUAUCAUCAUCUUUUUUACUGCAUUUAGGUUUAAUACAAUGUAUUCUUUUUGAUAUAUUUGUGGAGAGGGCAUUUACUUUUUUUGUAAACAUCCAUCAACAAGAUCUACCAUUAAAAAUACAACUUACCCAAUCCUAAAUAAAACUUUUACUAAGA